CUAGGAUACCAGGGCAGCUCAGCCUAGGUGCGGCCGUGUUCCAGUCGUGCUCGCGCUAAAACUCAGAAUUUCAGCAGUCAGACGGCGUGUUAACCGUCAAAAAGUGCCCCAUAUAUUAUUCAGACAUUGUUGUAACUACCACAAACAUGGGACCGGGUUAGGUUGGGAAGAAUCCGAGUUAUCAGCGUCAAAAGGACGACCUUUGACGCGAGAGACUCUGUCUGAGGAGCCGCCAUAUUGAAACUGCAGCUGUUGACGCCGGAGAGUCGACAGACAGAAACAAGCCUUAACAGUGAUGACAGACUGAAGAUUGUAGCACGACAGAAGACUCAGGAACACAUCAUACAUCCCUCUACAACUCAGCAGUUUCUGGUUAAAGUUACGGCCCCAUCAUAUUCACCAUGUACAGAAGAUUACAAGAUAUCCGCCAGUCCCAUGAGUUGUACCGUGUCCCCAACCCUCCCUCCAACCCCAAGCCAGCCAACCAGGCACCACAGGAUGUCCAGCGCCAGACCCGUAAGGUCCGCAGAAACCUCCGCAAGGCCCCCCAGGUCCUCGGUGUGGACAUGAACGAGGUGAUGGACUCCUGUGAAGAAGCCGAUCGUCACCUGAAGGCUGGGCACAGACCUGAGUACAUUCCAUCCAGAGGAUUCUCAGACAACAUGCCAAACAGAUACAUGAGAUCAUCCCCCACAGAAGAGGAGCUGGAUAGAGCCUUAGACGAGCACGCUGAAAAAAUCUACCACCACAAACUACAGACCCAGAUGUUUGGGGAGGACCUCAGCGCCUCCAAGCUGCCGACCAAGAAGCGAGGGAAGAAAGUCCGCGCACAGGAGAAGCUCCACCAACUCGAGCAGGAGCGCCACAACGCCGUCCCCUUCAACCAUGAACACCAGCUGCUCCGAUCGGCGUGUACCAUGGCCAUGUUUGGUGAGGACCUGUCCGAUAAGUCAUCAGCGACCCGUAGAGCGCCCGCACAGCCCGGCCUGGUUGGAGGACGGAACCACCGAACCCACGACAUGCAGGAAGCAGAGAAGCCGCGGUACCAGGUGAAACCUGAGCCUGAUGAUCAGGAUGAGGCCGUCUACAUCACCAUGGCAGACCUGGACUUCCGCGCCAACAGACUGAAGCAAGCAGCCGACUGGGAUCUCUCCUCUGACAGGACUGGUGAGAGUUUGAAACUCUCCACUAAGCUGCCGUCCCUGGCUCCACAGCGCCACCAUCUGGCUGGGAAGAGAACUGCAGCAGCCGCCACCAUCCCUGGCCGCCACUCGCUGAUGGACACAAAGCCACACAUUGUUGCACCGUCCGUCAACGCUGCAUCCAGCAACAUCUCAGGCCACUACUUGUUAAAGGAGCCAAAGCCUCCGGUUGCCGCAAAGUCUGACAACGCCAUGGCAGCAGAGAAUCUGCAGACCAAGAAGCGAGCAUCCCACCGCAGGACGAGAGACAGCCGGGCCCUGAAGCGGCGCUGUGAGAGUCCCAGCGGCCCCGUGCGCAGCAAACACUAA